UUUCCCGCUUGAUGGGGUCAUCUCCAGGGUUGUCCAUGCCUAACGUGAACAUGUCCACCUUCAGUGCUUGUAGUGUGGCCACAGCAGCUGAGAACAAGGCGGUCCAGUUUCCAUUGUCACAGCGUCGGAAGCGGCGUGUGUUGUUUACCCAGGCCCAGGUGUACGAACUCGAACGUCGUUUCAAGCAGCAGAAAUACCUGUCAGCUCCGGAGAGGGAACACCUGGCCAGCUUGAUCCAUCUCACUCCUACUCAGGUGAAAAUAUGGUUUCAGAAUCACCGUUACAAGUGUAAAAGGCAGGCCAAAGAGAAGGCUAUGGCUGAGCAGCAAACUCAACAGUCACAGCAACAUUCGCCCAGAAAAGUAGCUGUGCCAGUGUUAGUUAAAGACGGAAAACCGUGUUCGGCGGGCUCAGGAGAUCACGACGGUGUCUCAUCAGCUAGCGGUACUUCUUCAACUUGUGGUAACAUGGACACAAGCACACCAGAUAUACACCUAACUCAAUCACAUCACACUCGGAACAUUUUGGAAAGUUCAACCAGUCUCGGCGAGUCUUGCGCCCAAGCUGCCAUAGUGAGUCGAUCUCACGUGUUGUCACAUUCUGCAGGAGCUAGCCCCGGCCCGAGUCUCACCUCGCUGAACAGCCUAGGUGGCUACAGUCAGCAUCUCGGUCCUCACAGCGGUUUGGACCUCGGAAUGGGACUAACCGUUCCAAAUAGUGCUGUCUGUCCAACAUACCUCCAAAUACAAGGUAGAACGUGGUAAAUAGUUUUGCCGAUAAACACAAUUAGUAAUAUUGGUUUGUCUUGGCUCAUCCCAGAACUCUACAUCCCGUUUGUGCUUGCAAAAUGUCUAUAAACUGUUUCGAAUCUGCUACAAACUGAAAUACAACAUUAGAAAUAAGGUUUCCUGUAAGUGUAAGUAAGUGUACCUUUUGAUCCUGACUCAGCAGAACUGUUUGAUCACACUUAUCGGUACAAAGCGCGAACUAAUUCCUGUUUGGUAAUCCUAGGCUGAUUGUUUUCGAAAUAGAGAACAGUAAAAAUCGUGUUUCAAGAAUUUAAUAGAAAGACAAUUGGAGAACAUACAAUUUGUAGUGGAGUAGAUUCAACCUUAUAUGUGUUUGAUGCGCCAUGUUAAUUUUUUUAUGUAUAUAUAUAUAUAUAUAUAUGACGUACUUUGAGUUAAGUUAAAUACAUUUUAGAUAGUUAGCCCAAGUUUGUACAAGCAUAUAUAUGUUUGUACAUUAGCUUUCUGUGUUCAUAAAGUUUUUGAGUUGAAUAAGAUUUGUGUAAGUCUAUCUUAUUCUAAACAGUUCUACAAAGUUUUGUUUUGACACAUUUACACAAAAUUGUGUGCGGCAGAUAACGUUCCAUAAUGUCACUUAGAAGUUGUGUGAUUAGUACACAACGAUACUCCAGGGACUGAAAGGAAUACACAACGGCUGAAGGAUGGUAAUUCAAUGUCUGAGAAUAAUACAUAACAUUUCAGGUUAGAACACACGUGCAUCGACUUUUCAGAUAAACAGAAUAGUUCAAUGUUUCAUAUUAUUUAGUUAACAAACGACAACUCAGUUGCAGUGCUGCACGGUUAGUGUUUUAAACUUUAAAUCUACUGUCAAUGAAUAAAAUACUACAAACGAAAGUGAAUCAGUAAUGAGACAGUUAUACUCUAAGAGAAUAUGCUAUGAAUAAAUACGUUGCAAUUUAAAAUUACUAGUCUACGAUCCAGAAUAUUGCAUACUAAAGUGAAUACA